CCCCCUGCCUCUCUCUCUCGUCGCCAGCAGCCCCAAUAAGCGAGGCCCGCCCACGUACAACGAGCACAUCACCAAGCGCGUGGCCUCCAGCCCAGCGCCACCCGAAGGCCCCAGCCAUCCCCGGGAGCCAAGCACACCCCACCGCUACCGUGAAGGGCGGACAGAGCUGCGCAGGGACAAGUCUCCUGGCCGCCCCCUGGAGCGGGAGAAGUCCCCGGGCCGGAUGCUCAGCACGCGGAGGGAGCGGUCCCCCGGGAGGCUGUUUGAAGACAGCAGCAGGGGCCGGCUGCCUGUGGGAGCCGUGAGGACACCACUGUCCCAGGUUAACAAGGUGUGGGACCAGUCUUCAGUAUAAAUCUCAGCCAGAAAAACAAACUCCUCAUCUCAAUCUGCAGGAAAACACCGAACACACUAUGGAACUUUGCUGAAGGGGAUCCCAGUGCCCAUCUGCUCAGCCACCCAUGGCACAGCUGGGCCCAGACCC